AUGCUACGGCUGAGAAUGCGGUGCCACAAGUUGCAGAGCAAUACCCCAGUUGCGGUUGAUUCAAAUGAUGAUGGAACAGUCAUCCAGAAGCUAAAACUAGAGCAAAUUAGGAAUAUAUUGGAAGAGGUGAUUGUGGAAACGCGCAGUACACCUCUCGAAAAUCGACCACGAGUUCCCCCCAUAACCCUAAGCAAGCGGAAUCGUACUGUCGUGAGGGCUCUGAACCCAAUGCUGGUGACCUAUUUGGAAGCCAGUCGGAACUUUUGCGAGACGGACUCAAUUAUUUUUGGUGCCGGACUGACAGUCAGCCGUAUCAUAGCCGCCAAGCUUUCCACGGCUGGACGCGCUACUGGACAAAGAAGUGCUAUCCCAGCCUGGAUAAUAAGAAUUGAGGAACGUAUCACAAAGGCUAGAGUUCUCAUUGGCAGACUGAUAUGCUUCAGAUCAGGCAAUAACUGGCCAAGGAUUGUGCACACUGUCAGUGUGGCGUUUGCUGGGACUAAUGUCAGUUUGUCCCAGCCGGAUAUAACGCAAAAACUGACUAAAAGUGGCGUGCAUGGACCCCUUCAUCAUAACGCCGGAUUACGUAGCGGAGGCGAUCCGUAG